AUGACGCUGGUGGCCACUUACAACGGCCUGGACGACGGCAAGUCCAAAAAGCGCGUGCUGCAGGCCAGGAUCGACACCUUCAUGCUGAUCAACAACCGCAACACGCAACCGGCGAUCGGUGACAAGGUGCUGGGGGUGGAACAGUACUCCUACACAGACUUCCCUUGGGGCCAGCAGCACGCCGACUUGCGGACAAACCUGCCGCUGAAGUCCAUCGCGAACUUCUUCACGUUCACGUCGAUGCACUUCACAUACUUCCGCGCAAAGCGCUCGUCCAACAUCACGUCCGUGUUCGUGUCCAUCGACCCCGACUUUUACACACCAGAGGCGGCCGAUUUCAAGGGCAAGAUCGUGCUGCAGGACUCCCAGGCCGCCGACAUCGCGAGCAGCUGCAAGGUCUUCAAGGGCAUGGUGCAGAACUGCACGCUGGUCAACACGCUCGACACCACGCUGCUGGAGAGGGGCCUGCACAGGCUGUUCCUGCGCUCUGACUCGUACGUGCCGCCGGACCACAAGAUCUUGUCAAACUCCAAGCUGAACGGCGGCACGUUCUCCGCCGCUGCCUCGAUCACCCUGUCUGUGUGCAACGACGACGCCGCCACCUGCGCCGAGCCCGACCCGCCGCCGCCGGACGACAGGCCCCCCGUCCCCGACCUGCCGCCGAUCAGCCCGCCGGUCGGCACCACCUGGUACAAGCCGGUUGACCCGCUGCCCAACCCCAACACCGUCCUGACAACGCCCUACGACUGCAGCGGCUGGAUCGGCUUCAGGACUUUCCUGCAGGCCGAGACCUGGUUCACCCGGCCCGGGCUGGACCCCAACUUUGGCAGCACGCAGCUGCAGGUCGGCGCAUGCAUGCCGCACAAGCAGAGGGUGGCCGGCACGAUCCCCCUGGACAUCGUCGUCGGGAAGUUCAACUUCCCUGACAAUGUCAACGUCAACGUGAACAUGCGGGUGUCGUUCUUCUGGCAGGGCGGCAACGUCACUUUUGGCCUCGAGGAGCAAGGCGUGAUCCAGCAGUGGGCCUGCGACAACACGACGCCGGUGUGCAAGAAGGUGUACCGCUCCAGGAUCGACACCCGCCCCGACUCCAAGGCCUGGUACCUGCCCGACGGCCUCAUCAAGGCGUGGGUGUGGGGCACGGUCAGGCUAAAUGAUGGCGUGACCAGCCGGUGGCUCGACACCCGGCUCGAGAGCUGGUUCGUCCUCGCCAACAACGUCGACACGUCCAUCACAGGCAUGACCCUGCCGCCUGCGGCGCUGACGCGCACGUUCAUCCCUUGGAAGAACACUUAUGUCGCGUUGAACUCAGACCUCCCGCUGGGCAGCGUCACCGGGAACUUCACGUUCAAGAGCCGCCACUACCUGACCGGCAACACGGGCGCGAACCUCACCGGGAUCUUCGUGGCCGUGGACCCCCAGCUGGCGGUGAAGCCGACGCCUGACUUGGGUUACGUCAUCCGCAACACCGGCUCGUCGCCCCAGGGCACGCCCCUGGCGGUCGCGCCCGCCGGCUGCACCCUCAACGCCAACGGCGACGGCGCGCCCCUCACCUGCAACACCCUGACGCUCAACCCGUCGGUUGUCCCGAAGUUCUGCCCGCUCAACCCCUGCGACAACGGGCUGUGCGACGGCCUGCACAGGCUGGUGCUGCGCAGCGACUUCCUGGUGUCGCCUAGCAACCCCAUCUUCCAGGGCCUGCCGCCGGACGGCCAGGUCGGCGCGGGCACGCUGUCCACCGUGCUCGUCGUCCCGAUCGUCACGGUCAACAACAUCGUCAAGAACCCCAGCGCCUGCCCCGCGGCCGCGGCGCCGGCGGCCGCGCUGGCGAUGGCGCCGCGGUCGUCGGCCGUGUCGCUGGUGCACGAGGACGUAGCGGACGCCGCCGUAAGCUUCGCGGCGCCGUCGGCCGCCAACUCACCAGUCGUGGAGACCGUCGCAAAAUUGAUUCCCACAGUGGACUUUUGA